GCUCUCUCUCCCGCCAUGGCCUACCGCGGAGGCGGAGGCCGGGGCGCGCCGGCGGGAGGAGGGCGUGGGGCCACGCGCUGGCCGCCUCCGCGCGCGUCUUCAGCGCCUCGCCCCGCCGCGACGGCGCCCGUGGUGGCCGACAACCCCAACGCCGCGGGGCCGCACCAGGGCGCCUACCAGCACGGCGUCGUCGUCCGCAACCCCGCGCUGGCACCCUACGCCACCGUCCGCGCGCCUUCGCCCGCGGUCACCAUCCGCGCGCCCUCGCCCACGCCGGCCACCAUCCGCGCUACUGCUCCGACGCCCUCGCCGGCCCCGGCCCCGUUCCAGCCGGCCCGCGUCUCCGCCCCCGCUCCCGCUCCGCCGACCCCCGCGGCCGUCGCCAACGAGCUGGAGCACAAGAUCUUCAACACCGAGACCGUGCUGGCGCGUCCCGCCGCCGCGGCCCCGUUCCAGCCGGCCCGCGUCUCCGCCCCCGCUCCCGCUCCGCCGACCCCCGCGUCCGUCGCCAAGGAGCUCGAGCAGAAGCUCUUCGUCACGGAGACCGCGCUGGCGCCGCCCGCCGCCGCGGCCGCGGCGGCGGUCGCGGCGACGCAGCCCGAGGAGGAGAAGGCCCCCGACGUGGACCUCGCGCCGGUGUCCAAGAAGGGGCUCGCCCACCCCGCUCGGCCCGGCGCCGGCACCGUGGGCAAGAAGGUGAUGAUCCGCGCCAACCACUUGCUCGUCAACGUCGCCGACAACAACCUCUUCCACUACGAUGUCUCCAUUAACCCGGAGUCAAAAUCAAGGGCUGUGAACAGGGAGGUACUCAGUGAGCUAAUCAAGUUGCACGGCAAGACAUCCCUUGGGGGCAAAUUGCCUGCCUACGAUGGAAGAAAGAGUCUUUACACUGCAGGCUCACUCCCUUUUGAGUCUGAGGAGUUUUCUGUUACACUGGUUGAUCCCGAAAAGAAAGACAAAGAAAAGGCUGAAAGGGAGUACAAGAUCACCAUUCGGAUUGCUGGGAGGACAGACCUGUACCACCUCCAGCAGUUCCUCAAAGGAAGACAGAGGGAUAUGCCUCAAGAAACCAUCCAAGUUCUUGAUGUUGUCCUCAGGGAGUCACCAUCCUGGAACUAUGUCACAGUGUCCAGAUCCUUCUUCUCCACCACCUUUGGUCACAGAGGAGACAUUGGUGAAGGAUUAGAGUGCUGGAGAGGUUACUACCAGAGCUUACGUCCAACCCAGAUGGGGCUGUCACUCAAUAUAGACAUAUCUGCGACAUCCUUCUUCAAGCCUGUGACAGUGGUCCAGUUUGUGCUAGAGUUCCUCAACUUACGUGAUGCCUCGCGGCCUCUGACAGACAGGGACCGUGUUAAGAUAAAGAAAGCACUCCGUGGGGUGCGUGUCGAAACAAACCACCAGGAAGACCAAAUCCGAAGAUACAAGAUAACAGGGAUUACUCCUGUUCCCAUGAGCCAGCUCAUAUUUCCUAUUGAUGAGAGAGGAACAAGAAUGUCAGUUGUUCAGUACUUCAUGCAAAGAUACAACUACAAUCUGCAGUAUACUUCUUGGCCCUGCUUGCAGUCCGGAAGUGACGCUCGGCCUGUGUAUCUGCCUAUGGAGGCGUGCAAGAUUGUUGAAGGGCAAAGGUACUCUAAGAAACUGAAUGACAAGCAGGUCACCAACAUACUUAGAGCUACCUGUCAACGUCCCCAGCAGAGGGAGCAAAGCAUUCGUGAGAUGGUUCUGCACAACAAGUAUGCUGAGGACAAGUUUGCUCAGGAGUUCGGGAUCAAUGUCUGCAGUGACCUGGUCUCUGUUCCAGCCCGUGUGCUGCCUCCCCCCAUGUUGAGAUUUCAUGAUUCUGGAAAGGAGAAAACUUGUGCGCCAAGUGUUGGACAGUGGAACAUGAUUAACAAGAAAAUGAUCAAUGGAGGAAUCAUAGACAACUGGGCCUGUGUGAGUUUUUCACGCAUGCGUCCUGAGGAGGUACACAGGUUCUGUUGUGAUCUGAUUCAGAUGUGCAAUAUGACUGGAAUGGUUGGGCGGCCACCUUCCAUUGAGAAGGCCUUUACUAGAUUUGGUGUUCCGUCUGUGAAAAAUAUCCCAACAAUCAUCUUUGGUGCUGAUGUUACACACCCCCCACCUGGAGAGGACUCUGCAUCAUCAAUUGCUGCGGUGGUGGCAUCAAUGGACUGGCCAGAGAUCACCAAGUACAGUGGUCUUGUCUCUGCUCAACCACACAGGCAGGAGAUAAUCGAAGACCUCUUCAGUGUCACCAAAGUUCCGCAGAGGGGUAAUGUCAAUGGUGGCAUGAUCAGGGAGUUACUGAUUGCCUUCCGCAGGAAGACAGGCCGGAGGCCUGAGAGGAUACUCUUCUUCAGGGAUGGUGUAAGUGAAGGCCAAUUCAGCCAUGUUCUGCUUCAUGAAAUGGACGCAAUCAGGAAGGCCUGUGCCUCAUUGGAGGAGGGUUAUCAACCUGAGGUCAAUUUUGUUCCUGUUGAGAAGAAACAUUACACCAGGCUACUCUCUGAGGAUCAUGGGAGGCAUGAUAUGACUGACAAAAGUGGAAACAAACUUCCUGGUCUUGUCACGGCUCAUGAAAAUAAUGGGCAGCACAGACCCAUCAAUAUAUUUAUUGACUGUCCAGCCGGUAGAUUAGUAGUACAGGUCCCUUUAAGCAGUACGUGCUAUUCACUGAAGACUGCUAUUGAAAAGAAACUGAAUGUUUCAAUCAAUAGUUGUUCAUUGUAUCUUGUAAGAAAGCCUAUUAACUAUGGAAAGACCCUAUCUUACUAUGGCUUACGGGAUGAGUCUGUGCUUAGGAUGGAGGCAAAAUUGCUAGGCGGUGCUUCUAUUGGGGUUCCUCAAACGGUUGCUCAAACUUUCUCAGACCAAAACUUAAAAGAAUACAGUGCUGAUAGCACCAAGUUCUUUCGAAAUGAGCUUGUUCGAGAUAAAGAUUGGCCUGGGAGAAAGAAACUUAUUAGAGUAUUCAACAAGAAGGGCAAUAUUCUUGGUCUUAGUGUAUUAGAUCAACUGAAGAAAGCAAUUAAAGAAAAAAAAUCAUGGGAUGGUCAACUAAAAAAGAAAGAUUUUAGGGUAGUUGAUGGGCGGGCCGUGAUAAUUAAAAAGCCUAUUUAUAAUAUUGAUGCCGUGAAUUUUCCCAAGGAUUGCAAAAAGAUACGGAAAAUUCUAAAGAAAAUCUUUCAAACAGAAAUCAGUGGGGCCGACGCACCUUUUCUGCAGUGGAAUCCUUUCCUCAGAGACUUGCUAGAAGUGUUAGAAUUGGCAACAUUCAGCGACCUUUACUGGCUAGUACCAUUUAUCAAGACGAAUUUUGCGUUUAAGACGCCAAUCCAACGCGAAAAUGCGUCUUAUAACAUUGUAAGAUAUUAUGAAGGUUUGAACUGGCAAGACAAGGCGAAUUUCGAAGCAAUUGUUGACGGGGUCACUGUUCCGCCUGACUGGCGGUCAUGCAAAGUGCAAACACAUUACUUCUUUAGAAAAACAAUACAAUAUGCUUUCCAGAAGUUUGGGUGCACGUACUCUUUGUCUUCUUUCGGAUGCUUUAAAUUUCAAAGAAAUCAUGCGACUCAUGCGAAAGUGUCUCCAUUUCACUUGAGUGACCACGAGAUUACUAUGUUCUUAAGAAGUUUUGUUGCGGAGGUUAUUCGGGGGCUCUUGAAGAAGCGUGUCCCGAUCAAGAAGGCCUUGCAGUAAAUCGCUGACAGUAUACCCUAUGCCCAGAUCAAGGAGAACGUCAAGGACGUCUUGUUCUACUGCUGAGCUCCCAUGGAGCUGUUCUUUGUGCGAGCUACCCUAGCCUGAGUUGUGUGUGAGAGAGCAUGAGAUGCCGAUGACUCUGUUUUGCCGUGGAGCCUGUUGCUCGUAGUUAUCUUGUUCAGUUCGUAGUAGCCAGGAUAUCUAUGACUCUGUCUUUGUUACCUUUAACUCUAUUUGAGACCUAUCCUAUGCAAGUGGUUUAAGUUA